GCGCGAAUCAGUCAUUCAGUUUAUCAAAAUUCGUUGAAGAGUGAAUUAGGAAAUAAAUUAAGGAGCGCGAGUGUUGAACGAAAAUAAGUUAUAGAAUCGACAGUAUUGCAGUCUAGCAAUUCUAUUGGAACAAAAAUUAAGGAUUUUUUUAGUCAAUUGUGGAUAAAGUUACAGUUUAAACCUGGGAAAUUGUGUUAAUUCAUCGCUUGCCGUUGUGCAGCAGAAGCUUAAAUUAAAAUCGAUGAAUUUAUAUUACUUGGACGUAUCGCCUCCGUGUCGAUCUGUUUUAUUAUUAGGACGAAUCUUAAACCUCGAGUUUACCUUGAAAACUGUCAAUAUACAGAAUGGUGACCAUUUAAAAAAGGAGUUUCUAGAGCUCAAUCCAACCCACACUGUACCAACGUUGCAAAUUACUGAAAAUAACUUAGUCUUAUGGGAGUCGCGCGUCAUUCUAUCAUAUUUAGCAAGUGCGUAUGGAAAAAGUGAACAUGAACAUCUCUAUCCGAAGGAUGUUGAAAAACGAGCAAUUGUUGAUUUAUACCUGCAAUUUGACCUGUCAACUUUAUUUCAAAGAACUUAUGAGUAUUUUUUUCCCACAAUUCUUUUCGGAGCACUUCUCGAUGAAGCAAAAAAGGCAAAAUUGGCUGAAGGAUUACGUUUUUUCGAGGCCAUGCUUAGCAAGGAUAAGAAGUUUUGUACAUCGGACGACCUCACUAUUGCCGAUAUUUCACUAUGCAUCACCGUAUCGCAAAUAGAAGCUUUCGAAUUUGACUUGUAUCCAUAUCCAAAAGUACGAAAAUGGAUAGUAAAUUGUAAAAACGAACUACAGCAAUAUGGAUAUGAGGAAAUAAAUAGUGCACCAGCAGAAAUUCUGGCUUCGAUUUUCCGAUCCAAACUCAAAUACUCGUAAAGUAAUCAACAUAAUCUCACAUAAAAGAAAAUAUAUUGCAAAAUCAUCAUAGACAUAGCUACUUACUAUUUCGUUAUUUUAUGAUCAUGCUAUUUUGUUGAAGAUGACGAUAUGGCAAAAUAAUUAAGUGUUAAUAA